AUGGCGCCGGCAACAGGCGACGCUCCGCCCGCAGCAAGCCUCCUGGAGACCCCUGCCAGGACGGAGGAGGAGGGGGAGGCUCCCCGCGCAAGCCCAACGGCCCUGCAAGGUAACCAUCCUGAGCCCCUGCGUCUGCCUCCGGGCAACUCCUUUAGCUUCCCACUUCGCACACUUCUCGCUGCUCCAGGCCCAAGCGCGCCCGCACCGGAAGCGGGCGCUAACGUGGUUGACCUCGACGUCGAGGUUACGGGGACGGCGGAGGGCCCGAAGGCAGACCCCACGCCAAGCCCUUCUGCGCCGGCCACAGCGGCGACCACCGCCGCCACAGGGACGGCGUCCGGCGACACGCCCACGGCCGUAGACGCCGCCGGCGCGGAUUCUGUUGCCACCUAG